AUGACCCAUUUUCCACCACCCGAAAUAUCUACUUCUGGCCAUGAACAACAACUCCCUACAUUGGAAGACAAGUCGUCGGUUUUGGUAAAAGCUCAACAGUUUGAAUAUCAUCAUGAUAUAAAUACAAGUUCAAAGCCUUUGUAUCCGGAGCGGUGUCAUGACCUCUUGAGUAGUUACCAAAGGAAAAUUAAGCGCAUGAAAAAUAUGGCUAUUAUGAUUGAUGAAGAGGAUAUUGAAACAGAAAGUGAUGGAAAACUGUCAACAGUUGACAUAAUUGAAUUGGCAGCUGAAAAGUUUAUAAAGUUUUCGACACAAAAGGUUAAUAAUAAUGGGUUCAUGACAAUGUUCACAAAUCCGUAUGGAUCAUCACCGUUUAGUAGCUUAUCCAUAGAUGAUAAUAGAGAAGUGGAGCUAGUUUUCCAGCUUUUGACUGCUGCUGAGAGAGUUGACCGAAAACAAUUUGAGACCGCUAGGAAGUUUUUGGUACGGUGUGGAUGUGUGGCGUCUGUUGAUGGCACUCCGGUGGAACGGUUGGUUUUUCAUUUAUGUGAAGCAUUGCAGAAAAGGAUUGGUAAAGAAACAGGAUUAAUGCCGGUUCCUACGAAGCUAAACAAACCUGGUGUAAAGAAAGCAAAUCCUAUGCCUAUGCGGACUAAUUCGACAUUCCUGGCAGUCCACCAAUCUCUUCCAUUCACUCAAGUGAUGCAAUUUGCUGGCAUUCAAGCAAUCAUUGAUCAAGUCGGGACGUCAAGAAAGAUCCAUCUAAUUGACAUCCACAUACAGAGCGGCGUUCAUUGGACUCCUCUGAUGCAAGCAUUUUCUGAAAAGAAUUCCCAAAUCAAACUACUAAAAUUAACGGCCUUUGCAACAUUGUCAGACAUCCAAAAAGUGGGUGAAACUGGCAAAAGAUUGGAGAGUUUUGCUGCAACUUUGAGCUUACCCUUUGUGUUUAAAAUUCUAAUGUUGUCUGACAUAAGCAAUGUGGAAGAACAACAAUUUGAGGUUCAGGAUGGUGAAACCGUUGCGGUAUAUUGUCAAAUGAUACUUAGAAGAAUGAUUUGGAGACCCCAAAGAUUAGAAAACUUGAUGAGAGCAAUCAAAACGAUCAAUCCUUCAAUAAUUGUCGUGACUGAGAUUGAAGCAAACCAUAAUUCACCGUCGUUUGUGAAACGCUUUACUGAGACAUUAUUCUUUUACGGUGCUAUCUUUGAUUGUUUGGAAGCAUGUAUGAGCCGAGACAAUGCUCAUAGGGCUACGGUGGAAAGUAAUCAUCUUGCAGACGGGAUGCAAAACAUAGUGGCUUGUGAGGGAGCCGAGCGGAAUACUAGGAACGUAAGCAUAGAUACGUGGAGGUCGUUUUUCGUGAGAUUUGGGAUGGUGGAGAUGGAUUUAAGUGAUUCAUGUGUGUAUCAAGCUAACCUUGUGUUGCAACAAUUUUCAUGUGGAAGUUGUUGUACACUUGAGAAUAAUGGCAAGGGUUUGAUAGUUGGAUGGAAAGGAACUCCUGUGCAUUCUCUUUCAACUUGGAAGUUCAUUUAG